UCUUUUUUUUUUCAGCAAAAAAUAGACACUAUGUAACUUUAUUGCACUAGAAAAAAGAUACUAAAAAAUAUACUAUGGAACCCCCUUUGCAGUCAAUUAUAUCUGGUAAAGGAUUUAUAUUUGUUCUAGGUUUUUAGGAAAAAUGGAACAAUUCUAUUCAGUAGGAACAAAAAGAAGUGGAUCUAUUUUAUUCUAUAUCCGAUAAAUAACAAUACGCAAUGGUGGUGUGGGAGGACGUUGACCAAAUGAAUAAAAAAAAGGGAUAGUUAUUACAAACAGGUUCUUUGAAUGAUAAAAAAAGAUAUGUUUGCAUUCACGAAUAAAAACACUCAUAUAGGAGCAACCUCCCCUUUUUUUAUUUAUCAUUUAUAAAUACAAUAUGAUAAAAUAAAGAAAAAUCAAUUUUUAGACAAUAAACCUUUACGUUUCCACAUCAAAGUUACAUAUAUUACUUCAUUUUUGUUUUCCAUUUUAUGCCUAUUGGUGUUCCAAAAGUUCCCUUUCGAAGUCCUGGAGAGGAAGAUGCAUCUUGGGUUGACAUAUACAACAGACUUUAUAGAGAAAGACUGCUUUUUUUAGGCCAAGAGGUUAAUAGUGAAAUAUCGAAUCAACUUAUUGGCCUUAUAAUAUACCUUAGUAUGGAGGACGAGAACAAAGAUUUGUAUCUGUUUAUAAAUUCUCCGGGCGGAUGGGUAAUACCCGGAAUAGCAAUUUAUGAUACUAUGCAAUUUGUACGACCCGCUGUACAGACAGUAUGCAUGGGAUUAGCUGCUUCAAUGGGAUCUUUUCUUUUGGCAGGAGGAGAAAUUACCAAACGUCUAGCAUUCCCUAACGCUUGGCGCCAAUGAGUCCUUUAAAAAAAAAAGAAGACUAUGCCUUCGCCAAAUAAAUAUUAAGUAAUAAUAGCAUGGCACUUCGAGUUCGAUAUUAAUUUUUUCUCAAAAACCAUUCGAUUCUGUAUCGAAAGAGUAGUAUGAAAAAACCCGUAGUUACCAUUUCAUAUGAUCUAUCGGAAGCCUAUUUCAGUGUCACAAACUGUUUAGUUUUCGGUUUUUACACCGGAAAGGUUUAAACAAUAUUUAUGUUAUGCAAAAAUAUAUAUAUAUAUUCUAACUAUUUGAAAAAAAAAAAAAAGACACUUUGGGAUUGCUGAAGAACAGACGAAAUAAUAAAGCAACGGAACCAUCAUAGUAUUUUAUAAAUACUUCAAACAAAAAAGGAAGGAUGGUUAUUGGAUCAUUUACUGAUGCUGAUCUGGGUCUGAUAUACC